UAGUUCGCCCCUGCUUUUAGUCUACUUCAUUCUCCGAUUUGGUUUUCUCUGUGAGCAAAUAGCUGCUGCGAAUUAGGGUUUCGGUGAGAGCGGAACAAUGGGGCACACGAAUGUAUGGAACUCCCAUCCCAAGACCUACGGCCCUGGAUCUCGUACCUGCCGAGUGUGCGGGAAUCCUCAUGGGUUGAUCCGGAAGUAUGGACUGAUGUGUUGCAGGCAGUGCUUCCGCAGCAACGCCAAGGAAAUUGGAUUCAUUAAGUACCGUUGAUGAAUGAAUCGCUGGCUUUGUUUUGGGUUUUCAUAGCGAGUCUUUGAAUUUGGAGUAGCAGUAGUUUUUCUACUUCUUUAUUUAGUGAAGAUGAUGCGAUUCCUGACUGUUGAACCAAGAAAUUUUGUUUUCACAUAAUUAUUUUGCAUUGGAAUAUAUCCCUUUUUGAGUAA